UGGUGGAAUGUACCAAAAUAAAAGAAAAAUGAUGCCCCCAUUUUUGAUGGCCAAAACUUCCACGCAGCUUCUUAAUUAUGGAGUCUGUAGGUGGGUUUACGCGAUAUUUUCUUCUGCCCCAGCUCGAACUCAAUUCCCAGAUUAUUAGAGGGAUGGACUUGAUGCAAAACUUCCAAGAAUACGCAGCUGAAUGCCAAUCGAACGAGGAUGGAACAGUAAAACAAGAAUAUAACUCGGGUUUAGCUCCAAACACAGAAUCUGAAAGCAGUCAAAGCUCUUUUGACUGCAAUAUAUGCUUUGACGUAGCUCAUGAUCCUGUUGUCACACGUUGUGGUCACCUAUACUGUUGGGCAUGUAUUUUCAAGUGGCUCAAUGUCCAAAGCUCCUCCUCUUCUGAGCAAACUCAUCAGAAGGCUUGCCCUGUUUGUAAGGCAAAUAUAUCACAGACUUCGUUGAUCCCCCUUUACUGCCAUGGCCCUUCCCGUAGUGAUGAUGAGGCUAGGAAAUCUCAACGAGAUGUUAUCCCUCCAAGACCUGCUGCUGCGAAUUCUCCUUCAAGUCCACAACAACAACAACUUCACUCAAAUCAACAAUACCCUGAAUUUCGUUAUGCCUCAAUAUCAUCUUCAAAUUAUUUGAGUCCUACAAUGGCUGGGAUUCUUAUUCCCACAAUUGGAUUAUUAGGAGAGUUGGUUUACACAGGGAUGCUUGGAAGUGUUGAUACAAACUUGUUCGCAUCACCUCAUCCGAAUUCUUAUGCUAUUGUUAGGCAUAGCAAUCCUCGGAUGAGGAGGCAAGAGCUGCAGGUAGGUAAGUCCCUUGACAGAGUGUCCAAGUUUCUUUUGUGUUGCGUAGUCUUAUGCUUGCUUUUGUUCUGAAAACUAACUUCUUUGUAUGUAUACUUGUAAAGACUGUAUACUAUUACUAGCACCACUCCCACUGUUGAGAUGUUGGAACUCCUUCGAAAGGAAGUGUAGGUUUCAUAAGCUAGCUUGUAUCCACUAUAUCAGGUGUUUGAAUGGUCCAACUUAUGUUCUGCUGGGUGUCUUUGGUUCUGGGAAUGAACUUUGCAAGUUCUCAUUCGAAUAUUAUUUGUGAAUAAUACUUUCCAUUAUUGUUGUAA